GACGCGGUCGAUGAAAAGCAUCGAGAAGCGCAUGAAGGGACUGCGUCUCCGAUCGACGCGACGUGGAGUACCCGGGAUAACGAGGAGACGGGUUGCCUCGUGUAUCGCCGGUCUGCUAACCAGCUAAAUUUAGAAGUCGUGGACGACGCGCAGACCUCGACCUUUCUCGGCCGUGUCGUCCUUCGUCAUCGCGGGCCGCGUCGAAUUCAAGGUGUCCGGCCGGAGCGAUGGCGGAUUCCGAGACGUCGCAGGCCGAGAUCAGCGAGAGACCCUCGGCUAUCGUGCGCAUCGCAUAUCAUCAAUUGAACGUCAUGUGCGGCAUACACGAUCCCACCAUACCGAGCAUCGCACCCGCGAAUUCCGGCGACGCGGACGUUCGUGGCAUGAUGUGCACACGUCGUCUGCUGGGUUUGCCGGUGUUCGCCACGGUGACUUCGACGUUCUGCGGCGCGUACAAAGCCGUGCGAGGUUCCCACGAGUCGGUCGCUACGAUACUAGGCCACGCAGAGAACGGGAUGCGCGCGGGCUUGAAGUUCGCCAGCCCCGUCACCAGCAGCAUCGCCAGUCUUCUGGAAAUGCCACUCAAGAUCGUCGACAACGCGGUGUGCGUCGGACUGGACUUCGUGGAGGAGACGGUACCUUCCGUGAAGCUACCACCCGGCGAAAUCUACGGGAACAUGAAGAACAGCGUCAGGAGUAUAUUCACGUCAGCAUUAGAAACUCUCAAGCUUCUGUUUGGCGAACCGAAGGAUCGAAUAGAGGACUUGUCGAUUACAAACGAGACCGCACAGGGAAUCCGAAAAGUGUCUAGCUGAAGACAUGAUGAGACGUGAUUCGCACUCAGGCUUUCGUGGCGUGCAUUGUGAUGUUUCAAGCCAUGAUUUCGCACUCCGUGUUUAUUCAUACCAAAACAAAUCUAUUUUAGACAAUUUGUUUUUUCAUUACAGUUUGUAACUCAUGUAAGAAUUCAGGACGAAAUUUUAUCUCGUAGAAUUCUGUCCUGAAAUUAGGCGCGAAUUAGAAGUCGUCUAAAACGGAUUUCAGCUAUAAAACAUUCGCCGCGUUCAGAAGAAGUUAGUGCUUAGUAAUUAACAUUUGACGCAGAUUAAAUUAUUCUUUUACAUUUAGAAAAAUAAUCCUAUCUUAAUGAAGAAAAUUUUCAACAAUUGCAAAAUAAAUGCAUAAUUCUGCUGAACGCGGUCAUUGCAAUAUAAAAAUAUAAUUAAUUGAACAACACAUAAUAACACAAUCGUCUCGAUGAUAAGUGACAGGCGUGAUAAAAUGUCGUAAAAUAAAUGGUUGCGUAUAGCAGAGAAAACUAAUUAGUGAGCACAAUAAUUCUUUAAUGAUUGAUUUUUGCCUUUAAUUUCUCUACUGCAUUUGAGACCGGUAUUCAUAAUCAGUUCUUCUAUUUAUAUACAAGACUAUCUAAAGUCCAGUAUCAAGAUGUGAAUCACCAAUUACAGAGCCGUAUUAAUAUUAGCAUAAAAUAUUACUUAAGAUGGUUUUGAAAUAAGAACAGAUGAAUAACUAAAUGGAUGAACAGAAUAAUCUAAAUGUAUAAACUAAUCUUUAAAGAAUCUUACAGCAAUUGUAAAAUUGCUUUUUCUGCUGAACGCAGCCAAUGACAAAUAAAUGAGUCGUCCAGUUAGCGUUUGAAUGCGAGAUAUCUUUGUUAUCUUUGUAACAAUAGUUAUUUUAUGUUGUUAUUCAAAUAAAUUUCGUUUUCGUUUUUAUAUCUCCCUUAGAUAGGCACAAUUUAUGUUGUAAAGUACAGCAUCGUGCUGUUUAACGUCGAUCACGUAUACUCAUUCUACUCACAAUACUCAUUCUCAGACAAUCCAUAAUUCGUAGCAGAAUUCAGAUUAGAAACUGAGUGAGCUUAAACUCAAAUUUAAAUUCAAAAAACAUAUGUACGUAUCAAACAAUCGAUAUAUC